UAAGUCUUUUUAAGUUUAGAGACUGGAAAGUUACCAAACUGCCAAUCUUCCCGGAUGGGCCUGCCUUCCUGGCCCAACCAACCAAUCACAACUAGAGCCCAGCCAGGCGGCGGGAACCAGACCCAAGCGGUACAAACCGGAGCGUUCCGCCUGCGCACCAGGGGGCGGCAACUGCGGUUCUCCGACUCCGCGCCGCCGCGCCGUCCGACCUGCCGUCCGACCUGCCGACCGGUAGAAGCGGCCCUCAGGCAGUGGACUCAAAGGCCAAGACGGUCGUUGCCUCUUCGCCUCCCACCGCUACUGAUCACUCGACCCGCCGACAUGGUCGAAGCAGAUCGCCCGGGAAAGCUCUUCAUUGGCGGGCUCAGCCUCGAUACCAACGAGAAAGCCCUCGACGCCGAGUUUGGCAAAUAUGGCCCCAUCACCGAGGUGCUCCUGAUGAAAGACCGAGAAACCAGCAAGUCUAGAGGCUUCGCGUUCAUCACCUUCGAAAAUCCCGCUGACGCCAAGGCAGCCGCCAGAGACAUGAACGGCAAGUCUCUAGAUGGUAAGGCCAUCAAGGUGGCCCAGGCCACCAAGCCGGCGUUUGAGAGCGGCCGGCGGGGCCCGCUGCCGCUGUCCCGUAGCCGCGGUCGCCUGAGGGGCCUGCGCGGAAACCGCGGGGGCGGCCGAGGCCCGCGUCGAUCCCCCUCCCGGGGUGGGACUUCCGAUGGCGGCUACGGGGGUUAUUUCGAUCCGCGGUCUUCCAGGGCCCCGAUGCCCAUGAAGCGCGGCCCGCCGCCACACAGGGCGGGCCCGCCCCCCAAGAGGGCCACGUCGUCCGUCCCCGCUCACAGUGGUGGCGGUGGAAUGCAUGGGCGGGUUCCGGCCGCGCGUGGGCGAGAUGGCUACCCGGGCCCGCCGCGACGGGAGCCGCCACCUCCGCGCCGGGAUCCCUACCUGGGCCCCUGGGACGAGGGCUACUCGCCCAGGGACAGCUACUCGAGCCGAGACUACCCGAGCACCCGCGACCCUCGGGAUUUCGCUCCAUCGCCCCGAGAAUACACCUACCGGGAUUACGGCCACUCCAGUGCCCGUGACGACUGUCCAUCGAGAGGCUACGGCGACCGAGACGGCUACGGGGGUCGCGACCGUGACUACGCGGAUCAUCCGAGCGGAGGCUCCUACCGAGACCCCUUCGAGAGCUACGGAGACCCGCGCAGCACCGCCUCCGGACGGGGGCCCCAACCAUCCUACGGCAGCGGAGGCCGCUACGACGAGUACCGGGGCUGCUCGCCCGACGCCUACGGCGGCGGGCGCGAUAGUUACAGCAGUGGUCGGAGCGAUCGCUACUCGAGGGGCCGUGACCAGGUCGACCGAGCCAAUCGCGGGGGACCCCCGUCCAUGGAAAGGGAGUGCCCUCCGCCGCGCGAUUCUUACAGCCGGUCGGUCCGCAGGGUUCCCAGAAGCGGAAGCCGCUUAGGAAGCCGCUCCGAGAGAGGGCGAGGCCGAAGCAGAUAUUAAGUACAGCCGGCUCGCGACCAAAAUCCGUCGUCAAAGAAUCUAACGUA